AUGAAGUCCAUUUACGCCACUCUUGUUUCACUUCUCAUCCUUGCAGUGGUGAUGGUCUCUGCAACUCGUAUUCGAGAGAAAACCAUCAUCAAUUCAAGAAAGAUUGGUCUUGGAGUCUUAACAGGACCUGAAAGUUUUGCUUGGGAUCCAGUUGACCAAGAUAUCCUCUACACUGGUAUUGCUGAUGGAAGUAUUCGAAGAGUAAAUGUUACUUCCGGAGAAUCCACAGUAUUUGCUUACAGUGUUCCAUCUUUGAAUGCCACUACAAGAGCGACAUGUGGACUCAGUGUAUUGAACGAACCUAUUUGUGGUCGAGUGUUGGGUCUUGCCUUUGACCCGAAUGAUCGUAAUUUAAUUGUUGCUGAUGCUUACAAGGGAAUUUUACGUAUUUCAUUCAAUAAUCCCUCACAGGUACAAGUGUUGGUCAAUUCAUAUCAAGGAGUUCCAUUCAAGAUGGUCAAUUCUAUCGUCCUCAUGCCCGAUGGAAAGACUAUUUACUUUACAGAUUCAUCUUUGGCUUAUACGAGAAUGCAAUUUGUAAGCAUUGUGUUGGCUAACAGUGCUGAUUCAAGAUUAUUCAAAUUCAAUGUUGAAACUGGUGAGUUGCAACUGGUCAUUUCUGAUUUACGAUUUGGAAAUGGAAUUGCAUUGUCAUCGGACCAUUCCUUCCUCGUCAUUAAUGAAUGUUCUGAACGAAGAAUUAGAAAAUAUUACUUGACAGGUCGCAAGGCUGGAACCAAUGUUGUCUUUGAAGAUAUUGGUGGAUAUCCUGAUAAUAUCAAGACUGAUGAAGAUGGAAACUUUUUGGUUGGAUUGUAUGCUGAAACCAAUGCUGAUGUCACUGCUAUUCAAUCUUCGACCAAAAUUAAGAAUAUCUUUUUACAAUAUGUUCCUCCAUUGACGACAUUGAACAUGAUUCCAGUCAUGGGAUUGGUUAAAAAGUUGGAUAGACAUGGAAGAGUCAUCUCUGUUUAUGUGGAUAGAACUGCUACUUUUGUUUCUCGAGUUUCUGAGGCUGAUGUUCAUGAGGGAAAGAUGUAUCUUGGAUCAGUCAUGCUUCCAUGGUUGACAGUUGUGGAUAUGUCCACUGAUUUGCAAUUGAAUUAA